GUCCGACGCAUUGCAUGUUGCAGACUACAAAUUAGCAACUGACUAUACUAUUCUUGCAGAUCACCAUGGAUGACUACAAGGCCUCGAAGGAGGCUUUUGUCUCUGGGAUGACUGGUUCGACAGUAUUUCAUGUAAAUCUGAUAAGCGGCGUUGCAUUGUCCUCGAUCGCCCUUCAUUCAGCACUGCAUUCGCGUGUUCAAGCAUUUGGGUCCGCAUAUUUCCUGGCAGAGUUUGUAAUACUUGCCAUGCCUCUGCUAUUGUCUAUGACUUUAUUCGCGGAAGCUCCUGGCGCACUGUCUCUCCUACUACUCGUACCGAUGCUUGUUUUGCUCCUUCUCCCCCCUCUUGAAAAAGGCACGCCUUUACCGGCUGAAAGUCGGGACGAACCAACUUCGCCAACUGGAAGAAGUCGAGCAGAGACUCCACCGAUGCACUCAUCUCAAUCCCUCAAUCCCUUACCUGCUCUGACCACCUAUCGUGCUCAUAUGAUGUUAAUGACAAUUCUGUGUAUACUCGCUGUUGAUUUUCCAGUGUUCCCCCGUAUUCUAGCAAAGUGUGAGACGUAUGGUGUUUCUUUGAUGGACAUCGGCGUUGGCUCGUUUGUAUUCUCUCAAGGAGUGGUGUCUGCAAUUCCAAUCAUCAAAGACAUAUCCUACCUCCAGGCUCCGAUCCUUCCUAAACUGAAGACUGUCUCCCGUAAGAUGAUACCCAUCAUUGUGUUAGGCAUUGUUCGCGUCGUGCUCGUGAAAGGCACUGAAUAUCCUGAACAUGUAACAGAGUACGGCGUACAUUGGAAUUUCUUCCUCACUCUUGCGCUUUUGCCUAUCAUCGAGGUCUUGUUGCAUCCUGUCAUCUUGCGUAUCCCCGUCGCUCUGCUGGGUCUUUGGAUUGGAGUUUUGCAUCAAUUCGCAUUGUCAUCUGGAGGAAUGAAGGACUUUCUGCUCAACGCUUCGCGGAGCAACAUUAUUUUUGCGAACAAAGAGGGCUUGAUCUCCUUGCUGGGUUAUGUUUCGAUCCACAUACUCGGCCUGUCCUUAGGAACUGUCAUACUUCCGCCCUCCCCUUCGUUUUUUCGGAAACAGCAGCACCAAUUACUUGACGGGCCAUCCUCUCACCGGCCUAGCAAACUUGAUCCUUCAGCACCCAGACAGAAUGCAAAGAUUGUCAUUGAGCUGUUUUCGUAUUCAGUCGUUUGGUGGAUGCUUUUGGCUUUCGUGAGGCUUGGAUUAGAAGUUUCUAGAAGAAUGGCAAAUAUUUCAUAUGUUCUCUGGGUUGCAGCUUACAAUACCUCUUUCAUCCUUGGCUACAUUUUACUCGACAUGGUGUUCUUUCCCACCAGAACGUUAAAGAUACGAGAUCCAACUGAUCCCUCAGGCAAACGGCUUCUCAUUGAGGAAAAGGGGCCAAAAAACAGCGCGCCCGCGCUGUUGGAGGCUAUUAACAAGAAUGCAUUCAUCCUGUUCUUGCUGUCAAAUGUGGCUACCGGUUUGAUCAAUCUCAAUAUCCAGACUAUGUUCGUGGGUGACAUGAAGGCAAUGUGUGUAUUGUGUGCAUACUCUAUGGGUAUGUGCGGUUUUGCAUGGCUUUUUAGGAGGAAACGGUCAUGGAAGAUUUGAACCUCUACCAGUUGAUGCUAUCGCGAGACGUUUGUUUGGAUUUUGCUGCUUGUUUCAGUCUUCAGCCCAUUACGUCUCAAGCUGAAGGCUUACUGUGGUCGUUCGGAGUGCGAUCAAGGUACAGUGGUAUGUGAGGCAUGUGUUUCUGGUAGUAUGAAUUCUAUCACAUGCACCACGUUA